AAAACUUUGAGGAGUUGAGGAGGAUGAACUGAACGGGUGGACGGCAGCAGGCAGACAGAGACUGGAAGUGAGUGAAGAAAACAGAGGAUGAUAUCUUAAUUGUCUGUGCCGGGAUUCUUAGAAAUGUCAGUUUAACCAAUCUUUCAGAAAAAACCCAGACUUUCUCAAACAGUAGCUAAUUAUUACUUCACAUCAUUAUCAUUAUGCUGCUGGCUCUGCUUCUGGUUAUGAGUCUUUGCUCUGAGACUCUCUCCUCCCAUUCCUCGUCGAUAACUAUUCAGUACCAGGUUUGGGAGGAGCAGCCAGCGGGAACCCGGGUCAGCUGUCUGGCGGAUGACCUGCGGCAGAGGGACGAAGGCGGCCCCCUGGAGGAUUUCCAGGUGGUGGAGCAGGGAAAAGCCCUUCCUUUUUCUGUCACCACUCGAGAUGGGGUUGUCUCCACCCAGGGCCGACUGGACAGGGAGGAGUUGUGCCGGGGCUCUGACCUGUGUGAGGUGGCCUUCAGUGUCCUCUACAGGAAAAGAGGUGCUGUGAACUGCCUGCGGGUUCAUGUGAAGGUAAUGGACUUAAAUGACCACAGCCCCAGCUUCCCCAACACUUUGCAGGAAGUAGAGAUCUCGGAAACUGCUAACCUUGGAAUGCGAAUCCCAUUGGACUGGGCGGUGGAUCCUGAUGCGGGUCUCAACGGCCUCCAGACCUACUCGCUGUCUGUCAACCAACACUUUGAUCUUGAUGUGACAGUUGGUCCUGGUGGAACAAAACAGGCAGAGCUGGUGGUUAUCAAAGAAUUGGACAGGGAAAUUAAGUCCUCUUUUGAUCUCACCCUGGUAGCAUGGGAUAAAGGGAACCCACCCAGAUCUGGGAGCACAUUAGUCCGUGUUAAUAUUCAGGACUCAAAUGAUAACAGUCCCACAUUUGAGGACAGCAAUCCCACUGUGACAUUACCUGAGAACACAGCCCUUGGGACAACAGUAAUCAAACUCAAGGCCACUGAUCCAGAUCAGGGGGCUAAUGGGGAGGUUGAGUAUUCAUUUAGUAAGCACACACAUCCAGAGGUUCAAAAACACUUCUAUGUGGAUCCACAAACUGGAGAUGUUAGUAUCAGGGUACCUUUGGAUUACGAGGCUCAGUCUUCUUACGAAGUGAUCAUACAGGCCAGUGAUCGUGGUCCCAACGCAAUCCCCUCUUACUGCAGACUGCAUGUCAAACUUAUAGAUAUUAAUGAUAAUGCACCAAGGAUAUGCUUGACCUUGACUCCAGCCAACUCAGAGGUUAUAAAAGUGCUGGAAGGAGCUCCAGAGGGUACUUUCCUUGCUGUGGUGACUGCUUCAGAUGCAGAUUCAGGAAGAAAUGGAGAAGUGAUCGCACACAUUCAGCAAGAUUCGGGCCCUUUCCAACUUAAAAAGAUGCAUGGCAACGACUACAUGAUUGUCACCAAUGGCUUCCUGGAUCGUGAGAAAGUUAUGCAGUAUAACAUCACGCUCGUUGCCCGGGACUAUGGAAACCCCUCACUCUCUUUUGUUGAACACCUGCCUGUCUAUGUUCUGGAUGAGAAUGACAAUGCUCCGGUGUUUUCAACCCCCAUCUACAGGGCUUCCUUCAAGGAGACCAACACAACAGGCUACCAAGUUCUCAAAGUUGAAGCCCAUGAUGAGGACCUGGAGCUCAGUGGAAAAGUGUCCUACUCCAUUGUUCAGGAAACUAAAACACAGCCUUUCUCAAUCCACCCAAAAACUGGUGUCAUAAGCGUCCAGCAGCCCUUAGACUAUGAGGAAAUCCAGACCUACUCUUUCAUCGUGGAAGCUGUUGACCAUGGACAUCCACCACUCACAAGCACAGCCAGGGUGCAAAUUGACAUAGAAGACGUAAAUGACAACUUCCCAGUCAUCAACGAGCCCAAACCAAGAAAAGGUGUAGCUUCUCUCAGUGUACCUGUUGAUGCAUACAACGGGGAGAUUGUGACAGAGCUGGGGAAUGCCAUAGAAGAGGAAGCCCCCUCUCUGCCAAUUAAUCGCUCAGACAGAGAGGGGCUUGGAUUCCUCGUAUCAACAAUAAAGGCAGAAGACCUGGACACAGGAGUCAAUGAGCAGCUUCAGUACCUCAUUACUGAUGGGAACCCGUAUGGACUCUUCUGGUUGGAUAACGUUACAGGACAGCUGUUUGUUAAUACCACUAAUGCUACUGAACUCAUCGGAAAAACCUUUGAGGUGGACAUCACUGUUUCUGACAUGGGCACUCCACGACUGGCUACUACGGCAACUCUCGAGGUGAAUUUCAUAAACCUCAUGGACCAACUAAAGAACUCAUCACCUGGAAACCGUGGACAGCUCAGCUUCACUAUGAUGAUGGCAAUCUGCCUGGGUGCUACAUGCCUGCUUCUUCUAUUGGCCAUCGCUUUGGUGACAACAUUCUGCCGCCCUGAGAAAAGAGACAACCGGGCUUACAACUGCAGACAGGCUGAAUCAACUUACACCCGCCAUCCUCGGCGCCCACAGAAGAACAUCAGAAAAUCUGACAUCCAGCUAAUUCCCGUAAUCCGUGGGCGAAAGGAUGACCCCACUGAGGAUGACAGUGAGGCCCAGCCACUAACUCCACCUCUGUCCUCAGAGGAUCAGCAAACUGAGACGCACUAUAGCUUAAUGCCAUCAGUUACGAACACAAGCUUCCAUUCCCAGGGCUAUCUAGAAGAAGAUGCCACUCAACCCAUCACCCAUCACAGCAGAACACUUAGGAAACCUGGAAACAUUGAACUUGACGGAACCUUGCCUUCAACUCCCGCAACAUCCUACCGGACUCUUCGAAAAUCGAGAAACACUUCAUCAUCUUCUUCGGUCUCACAUUCAAGCACCUUAAAGAGGCAGAAGCACUCUGAAGGAGAAGAAGCAGUUUCACAAUAUUCAGCAUCUGUGACGACUCUCAGGAGGCCAAAGACUUCUGAUGGACAGGGAACACGUGAUGCAGAACACCGGCAGAUCCUCCGAAACCUGGUCCGUCUUUCCAUGGCUGCUUUUGGAGACUCCAUCGAGCUUUCCUCAGCGUCUCCAGAGGUGCAGCAGAUCUCCCAGCUCCUCUCGCUCCUCCAUCAGGGUCAGCUGCAGCCCAGACCAAACUUCCGCGGAAACAAAUACUCUCAUCGCAACGGCAGAUAUGGAGGUCAGGACUGUUCUGACUGGCAGAGCACCAAAGACAGUGGACACGGUGAGAGCGAGGCUGGAGAUGUAGACUGGGAACCUGGAAGAGACUCACCUAUAGACCCACAGCUGGAGGAGGGACUCAACAACCUCCUCAACAACCCUGAUGAUGUUUUCUCAGAGGUCAGUGACCCUGCCUGGAUGGCCAGACUCUCCCUCCCACUCACCAGCGAUUACCAUGACAACGUCUUUGUCCCCAACGGUCCUCCAUCCCCUGAAAGUGAGACCCUUCCUCGGGACGGUUUGGACUCCUCAUCUUUCUCCACUUUUGGUAAAACUCCAGAGAAGGAUGGCUCACUGGGCGGAGCUCUGCUGUCUGAAGUCAGCACACUGUUUGAGAUGCUGAUGACGCAGAAGGCCGACGCCCACCCCGGCCCUCGGCCCGAUGUCCUGUACCGACUGUCAGCGGCGUACCGUCGCUCUCUGGGCCUGGAUGGUGGUGCUGCUGGCAAUGCACCAAAAAACUCUACAUGUGCUGAGAAGAGAUCGGGCCCACCUGCACCCUUGGGACUCAGCCAAUGAGCAACAUCCGUUGACUGAACACGGGAAAACACUGAGAACUGAGUAACAGAUCAUGUUUUCCAGGUGUCUGUUUUCGAGGAGAAUCUUAGGAUUUUAGAGGCAUUCAAUCACAGAAACAUAAUUCAGGCAUCUGCGACUGUAAAUAAGACCACAGUGGAUGCACUGUUUUAGAGUCAGAGCUGAAAAAAUGAAUAUCACUUUCAUGUCAUGUUCGGUCCAGACUGAAGGUCUGAAGAUGUGCUCAAAUGGUCCACAGUGACAGCAGCAUUUCAUUAACAUACAUAACAUUUGAAACCUCCUUUAAACCUUCUUUCAACCUCUGCCACUGCCCUCACACUCACCUCAGCCAGCAGCACCUCUCCUUUCCACUGCUUGCAUAGUUUGUGUACUGAACCAACUCACACUGGCUGGAAAUGAGCUCAGUAAUUUUGCAAAGCAAACUGAAGACAGCACCACAAACACCACAUGAAUCAGAAACACUGCAGAGUAGAAUACAUGUAUCCUGUGAGCAUGUUUGAAGAAUUGCAUUUACCCUCUUUGCAUAUCCAGAGUCAGAAACCCAAGAAAUUAUAUGAAAUAAAAAUUACAUAUUCUAUCUAGACUGAAGGAAAAAAAAGACACUACAAUGAAAUCACUGUGUAAUGGGACAAUCUCAGUAAUUUGAGUUCCCAGUUCUGCUCAACAUGAUUUUGAGCUGCCAGGAUGUCAAAGGAAAAAAAAAAAACAAUGCAAGGAAACUCAGGAAAUAAACUACCUCUCUGAUGCUAAACACAACCAAAAACUGUAGACAUCAGGAGCAGGAAGACACAGCCUCUUCAGUCUGGGUUCAUAUAUGGCUACAGCUUUGCCUCAGUCCUCCUGAUAAUUCAUGUGUAUUCUGAACUUUAUGUUUUGUCAGAGUCAUUAGUUUUGUCUUCAUCCUCUACAGGCUGCAGUAUUGGACACAUCAUGUUGAUCAAUUAAAGUAUUCUAAAUGCAGUUUUUUUAAGCUGAAAUGUGAACCUCCUGCUUUUAAUCAGUGUUUCGACAGAGAGGCUGAAGAUGUGACCAUCAGUUCAGUUCAUGUAUACAGAUUUUGUUAAACUGGUGCUACUCGAUGUUUAAAAUUCUUCAGUGCAUCGUGAUACAAUCGCUUCAAGUCAUGCUUUAAAAAAAUGUGCAGGGAAAACUGAGCCAAAGUGGACCUGGAAACUUUGGAUGAUUCUUUUUCUAGUGCGUAAAAGCGCUGAAAGUCUGCAGCAUCUCCAUUGUUCCGAACUCGGACACAGCCAGGAACAGAGAGCGAUGAUCUGGACCUGCCAGGAUGUAAUAAACCCCACUGUUGUUCAGGGUUUGUCUGGCAGAGAGUGAGCCUGUGGCCAGGAGGAAAUGUUGCUUUGUCCUCUUGUUUUUCCUCAAGAAUGAACGAAACAACAAGCUGAAUGUAGACGAAAAUGUUGCUCAGACUGAAUGAACGUAAAGCAGCAAACUCCUCCAGUGGUUUAAGUUAUUGCUGUAAUUUUCUUCUAAAAGUUUUCUCCCUUGUAGCAGAUUUUCUCCAUUUAUUGAACAGCACUGUGUAUAUAGUUUUUGUAACAUGAUUUCUUUUGUAACUUUUUCAAUAAAAUGUGCAUCAUGUUUAAA